AUGAAAGAAAAGAUAAAGGAUAACAAGGAAAAAAUAAAGGUCAACAAACAAUUACCUUAUCUUGUGGGUAAUGUUGUUGAGUUACUCGAUAUGGAUCCAAACGAUGAACCCGAGGAAGAUGGUGCUAAUGUUGACCUUGAUGCAGUUCGAAAAGGAAAAUGUGCCGUAAUCAAGACUUCAACACGUCAGACAAUUUUCUUGCCCUUAAUCGGUCUUGUUGAUCCAACCACUUUAAAACCAGGAGAUUUAAUCGGCGUAAAUAAAGACAGUUAUUUGGUUCUAGACACAUUACCUGCUGAAUAUGACUCACGUGUUAAAGCUAUGGAAGUCGACGAAAAACCCACCGAGGAUUAUAAUGAUAUUGGUGGUUUAGACAAACAAAUUGAAGAAUUGGUGGAGGCGAUUGUAUUACCAAUGUCACAUGCUGAAAGAUUCAAAAAUUUGGGUAUAAAACCGCCAAAAGGAGUAUUGAUGUAUGGGCCACCCGGUACUGGAAAAACAUUACUAGCAAGAGCUUGCGCAGCUCAAACUAAAUCCACAUAUCUAAAGUUGGCUGGUCCACAGCUCGUUCAGAUGUUUAUUGGUGAUGGUGCCAAACUUGUUCGUGAUGCUUUUAACCUGGCUAAAGAGAAGUCGCCUGCAAUUAUUUUCAUUGAUGAAUUGGACGCUAUAGGAACAAAACGUUUUGAUAGCGAAAAAAGUGGUGACCGUGAAGUACAGAGAACUAUGUUGGAAUUAUUGAAUCAACUCGACGGUUUCAGCAGCGACGAAAGGAUUAAAGUGAUUGCUGCGACAAACCGUAUUGACAUUCUUGAUCCCGCGCUUUUACGAUCAGGACGUCUUGAUAGAAAGAUAGAAUUCCCACUUCCAAAUGAAGAGGCACGUGCACGUAUUCUUCAAAUCCAUUCACGUAAAAUGACCGUUGGAACAGAGGUUAAUUACGAGGAAUUGGCACGUUGCUGUGAUGAAUUUAAUGGAGCUCAAUGUAAAGCUGUCUGUGUAGAAGCUGGUAUGUUGGCUUUGAGGAGAGGAGCAACUGAACUGAGCCAUGAAGAUUUUAUGGAUGGUAUUCAAGAAGUAAUGGCAAAGAAAAAGACGUCUUUACAAUAUUAUGCUUGA